AUGGUUUUCGAUCGGCCGUCGCGCUUUGAUUUCGAGGCAUGGGCGCAGGCUUGUAGUCCCGAAUUCGAUGCCAGCGAACAUAAAUGGGAUUGGGAGGGAGUUUUCCCCUACUUCAAGAAGAGUGUCACUUUCACCGAACCCCUACCUGAAACUGCGCGCAAGUACGGCUAUACGUGGGACAUGGCUUAUGCCUACAAUGGCUCGACGCCAAUCUAUUCGAGCUUCCCACCAUUUUUGUGGGCUGAUUAUACAAUCAUGAGAGAAGCCUUCCAAGACGCUGGUGUAAAAGCUGCCGCGGAAUGUGCUGGGGGCGACAAGGAAGGUCUAUGCUGGAUGCCUAUUUCUGAAAACCCUAUGACGUCUCGUCGGUCUCACGCUGGUCUUGGACAUUAUGCUGCACUCCCACCAAGGCCCAACUACCACCUGCUUGUAAGGCAUCAAGUUGUUCGCGUGAUAUACCCGAAUGGCAUCGCCUCUGGGCCCCCUUCAGUCGAGGUACGCUCGCUGGAUGAUGGUAGCUUCUCCAACAUAACUGCAGUCGCGGAGGUCAUCAUCUCGGCAGGUGCGCUCCAUACGCCAACUAUACUACAGCGAAGCGGUAUCGGCUCGCGAACUUUCCUCGAGUCUGCGAGCAUACCCGUGCUUCAAGCCCUGCCUGGAGUUGGGGCCAAUUUUCAUGACCAUUCCGGCCCUGGCUUGAAUUGGAACUAUACAAGACCCGGAAACUUCACUCCGAUGCCAUCUGACAUGCUCGACCAUGCGUUCGCCGCUGAUGCGGCAGCAGGGUUCAAUGAGACGCCGGCGCGUGGUCCGUAUACGCUAGGCAUGUCCAACAGCGGAAUCUACCUCUCGCUUGCGAACAUGACCACCGUGCACAUGUCGAUCGUCAAUAAAAUUCGCUCCAUGGCCGCUGGCGACUUUGCUAUUCAUCUUCCAGACGACUACAAACGCGAUGCCACCCUUGUCGCUGGUUAUCAACGUCAAUUGUCAGUUCUUGCUGACUUUUACGCAAAUCCAAAGGCGCCAAGUAUGGAAACUCCGUGGGCGACGGGGACACGUGCUGUAGCAAUCAUGCUUCAUCCACUUAGUCGUGGUACUGUGCGAAUCAAUUUGACCGAUAGCCUUUCGCAGCCCAUCCUUGACUACCGCAGCGGUUCGAACCCAAUCGACUUUGAUCUGCAUCUGGUGCAUCUAAAGUAUCUCAGGCGCGUACUUGAUACGCCGACCAUGCGGAAAUACGGUGCGAUCGAGACAUCUCCUGGACUUAGUGCCCAAAGUGACGAUGCCCUCCGUGAAUAUAUCAAGGACGAUAUGCAGUUCUCGUACAUGCAUCCGUGCUGUACGGCCGCAAUGUUCCCGCGAGAACUUGGUGGCGUAGUCGGACCGGAUCUGCGGGUUUACGGGCUGAAUUCACUCCGCGUAGUUGAUAUAAGCAUAUUACCGUUCUUGGUGAGUUCGCAUACAAGUUCGACAGCAUAUGCUCUGGGCGAGAAAUGGCCCGAGGCCCGAAGAAACCAACAAGCGAGACCUGUCACACGACAAGACAUUAUUGACCUUACGCCUCUGUAA